GAAUCUACCUUCAGCAUUUUAAAGAGAAGUUUUAGCGCUUCAGGAGGAGAAAGACAAUCCCAAACAAGGGACUUUACUGGUGGAAUAGGAUCAAGACCAAGACCAGGGCCACAGAUGAGCACAUUCUUGUGGCAAGCAUCUGCAGGAAUCGCUGUGUCCCAGAGGAAAGUACGUCAGAUCAGUGAUCCUAUUCAGCAGAUAUUAAUUCAGCUGCACAAAAUCAUCUACAUCACACAGCUUCCUCCAGCUUUGCACCACAAUUUGAAAAGAAGGGUUAUAGAGAGAUUCAAGAAGUCCCUCUUCAGCCAGCAGAGUAACCCUUGUAAUUUGAAAUCUGAAAUUAAAAAGUUAUCUCAGGGAUCUCCAGAACCUAUUGAGCCCAACUUUUUUACAGCAGAUUACCAUUUAUCACAUCAUUCAUCGGGUGGAAACAACCUGUUCCCAAACGACCUGUCAGGUCUACCUACCAGCUUUGAUUUGGAGGAAGGACUAACAUAUGAACAGAUGCAGACUGUGAUUGAAGAAGUCCUAGAGGAAAGUGGCUAUUACAAUUUUACAUCUAACAGGUAUCACUCCUAUCCAUGGGGGAUCAAAAAUCACCCAACCAAAAGAUGAAAAUGCUGCAUAUUGAAUGGACUUGGUUUUCCCAUGAAGUUCAAGUUCUGGACUUCAGCCAGUACUGCAAGAUGCUCAGGGAUUGGGUGCUGCUGAAAGGAUGUGGAAGAGAAAAGACCAAGAUGCCACAGGGCCUGCAGGACCUGUUUCUGGAGGUUCUGUGCGGAAGCAUAUGGCAGCUGCAGUGCUUGGGGUCUCCAUUGCCAGGACCACAUUACACACAGGACGGCAGGGCUGUCAAUGUGCCCCUGGGAGAAAAUGCUGCAAAAUUCACCUGUGGGGGGGGGAAAAACCCACUCUUAUAGAACUUUCCUCCAAGUUUAAAAGAAAAAAAACUUGUCAUAUUUUUCAAAGGAACGUUUUAUACUCACAAUUGCUGAAACUAUGUUUAAAGGCAUCUAGCCUUCCAUGUACAAAAAAAUAGUUUUAGAUAAAGAAAAUUAUAGGAUCCAGAAUUAUAUAUUGGGUGAUUCACUGUAUCCCCCAGUUUUUAUCUUUAAAGAAAUUUAAAAUAUGUGAUUGGAUUUUUUUUUGUUUGUUUUUAAAUGAAAGGAUUGGUUCUCUCUUAACCACUUGGCUGCUAGUGGUCUUGAACUGAUACAGUGCAGACAGUAUUUGUAACCUUGCACAGUCUCUGGGAUUAAUUGUCAAAUUGUCAGAUUUAAAUUAGACUAAUAGAAUAUAUUGAUGUACAGUGUGUGUUUGUGUGUGUAUAUAUAUAUGUAUGUAUAUGGGGGAAGGAGGGAGGUUUGAUUAGACUAAUGCUUUGCUGCUAACCAAACUCAUAGUGUUUUUAGAGCACUGUGAAGAGUUCAUAGAAUCUAUGAAAAUGAUGCAAUAUUCUUUAUCCAAAGUCCCUCCUUACUAAAAUUACCUACAUUGUUUACAAAAUUUUAAUUGUUUGGGAAUUUGCAAUGAAAACGUUAUUUAGUAAAAUAUAAAUUCCUUCUUUACUCAUUGAGACUGUUCAAAGAAAGGGAAAUCAGAAUGCCAAACAGUGUCCCAUGCCUUUGUAGGGAGAAUGUAUGAUGGAAGUUUGCUAGAUUCUGAUUGGGCUUAACUCCUCUCUUCAAGUGACUUCUUACGUAUAACUCUGGUGUAAUGUAAAGAAAUGCCCUCAUUGCCAAAUCAGACUGCACUUCUAACUACUUAAAAAACAAUUUAUUCUAUAUAAUUACUAAUCUGGAAGCUGAAAUUAUGCUUUUUAUAUACAUCUCA